AUGCGGUUCCUCCUCCAGCGGUUCUUGUGGACGUCCGGGGGGCUGCUGCCGCGACCCGUCGACGUCUUCAUCCGGGAGCAGUACCCACAGGACAUCCUCUCAGGAAUCCUCCAAUACACGAGCAACCUCCGGGGCGCUAGCGAGACACAGAUCGAGGUUCGCUUCAAGAAGUCCGAAUAUCGGGUAUGCGUCUACGCGUCGGACAUCAAAGAUCUUAACAGCUUCAAGGAACCUAGUAGUGAUGCUGAUCUCAAGAGCCUUUCGGAAGUAUCUAUCCCAGGUAAUAUGCCGCUAACCAAGGUAGAAGACCUAUGUGCCACAUUAUUUAUAAAGCUUGGUGCUAGAGCAAGCGCACUUGAGGCACUUCGAAAGCAGCUUCGAUACUUCGCAGGCCGUCAAAUUCGAAACGUUGCCAGCCUGGCUGGGAACUUGGCGACUGCAAGUCCCAUCUCAGAUGCUGCCCCGGCACUACUAGCAGCAGGAUCUACAAUCACUAUAAGAUCUAAGGGAAAGGGCCCCUAUGAUAUACCACUUUCAACGUUCUUCAUUAAGUAUCGGACAACCCAGUUGCCUCCCAACGGUAUAAUCACACAUAUCAAGAUUCCACUAUCACCACCAGAGACGUUAGAGGUAACGAAGGCAUAUAAGCAAGCAAAGAGAAAAGAUGAUGACAUUGCGAUUGUGACUGCUGGUUUCCGAAUACGUAUAAGUCAGAAAGGAACUGUCGAACAGGCGACAUUCGCGUAUGGUGGCAUGGCACCUAUUACCACAGUCGCGGCCGUGACCCAGAAGGCUGUGAUAGGAAAGCAAUGGGCAGAGAGUAGUACGCGUGAAGAAGCUCUUCAGGCUCUUUUACAGGACUUUGAUUUGGCUUUUGGUGUACCAGGUGGAAUGGCUCAGUAUAGGAAGGUUCUCACCUUGUCCCUAUUUUUCCGUUUCUGGCAGGAAAGUCUCACAGAAUUAGGCCUUGCUGAAAUCGAAAGUGAUGCUAUUCAGGAGAUACAUCGGGGAGUAUCUUCUGGGACUCGCGAUCACGUUGUUACUCCGGGUACCAAUGUAGUAGGUAAAGAAAUACCGCAUCUUUCGGCCUUGAAGCACUGCACCGGCGAGGCAGAAUACAUCGACGACAUGCCCCGGCAAAAUAAUGAGUUGCAUUGCGCUCUCGUUUUAUCAACAAAGGCACAUGCAAAGAUAACCGCCAUUGAUUGGAGCCCUGCGCUUGAAAUGCCAGGAGUUGUGGGUUAUCUUGACAAGGACAGUGUAUCGAGAGAAAACAAUACGUGGGGUCCAAUCCGAGUAGAUGAGCCCCUAUUUGCGGCAGACAAAGUUCAUUCACAUGGCCAGACAAUAGGUCUAGUCUACGCCGAGACGGCAUUGCAAGCUCAAGCUGCCGCCGCCAAAGUCAAGGUAACAUACGAGGUAUUGCCAGCUAUAAUCACCAUUAGCCAAGCCAUAAAAGCCGAGAGUUAUUUUGAGCAUGGAAAGCAGUUGAAAAAAGGGGCAGCUAUUCAAGGGCCUCUAGAUGACGAAUUCGCUAAAUGCGAGCACAUCUUCGAAGGGUCUACGAAGCUAGGCGGUCAAGAGCACUUCUACUUGGAGACUAUUUCCGCAUUAGCGAUUCCGCAUGUCGAGGACGGUUCCAUGGAAGUCUAUGCCUCUACUCAGAACCUAGCAGAGAACCAGAUUUUCGUUGCUCAAGUACUUGGCGUACCAAUGAGUCGCGUAAAUAUGAGAGUCCGACGUCUCGGGGGUGCUUACGGUGGAAAGGAGUCGAGAGUCACACCAGCAGCAUGCCUUGUUGCUCUUGCGGCUAAAAAGGAGCGGCGUCCCAUGAGGAUAAUGCUAAAUCGCGACGAAGAUAUGUCAUCUAGUGGGCAGAGAAAUCCAAUGCAAUGCAAAUGGAAAAUUGGCACGGAUGCGAACGGAAUAAUCCAGUGCUUCGAUGCGGAUAUCUAUUGCAACGCCGGGUACUCCCUAGACAUGUCUGGCGCCGUUAUGGAUCGGGCCUGUACUCACAUUGAUAAUUGCUACAAUAUACCACACGCCUGGAUACGCGGAUGGGUGUGCAAGACAAAUACAGUAUCGAAUACUGCGUUCCGAGGCUUUGGCGGGCCACAAGCGAUGUACUUGGCCGAGUCAUACAUGAGUGUCAUUUCCGAGCGGCUCAAUAUAGAUAUUGAUGAACUUCGGCUCAAAAAUCUAUAUAAACAGGGUGAUUUGACCCCCUUUUUACAAUCCAUCGAUGCCGACUUCCAUAUCCCAACCAUGCUGGAACAGCUCAGCGCCAACGCCGAUUAUGAGAACAGGAAGAAGGAAGUCCAAUUAUUCAACUCCAGGAACCGCUAUAGGAAGAGAGGGAUAUGUAUGAUACCUACCAAAUUCGGACUCAGCUUUGCCACUGCUCUACAUCUGAACCAAGCUGGCGCAUACGUAAGAAUCUACGAAGAUGGUUCGAUCCUCCUUCACCACGGAGGCACAGAGAUGGGACAGGGUCUGUACACCAAGAUGUGCCAAGUUGCAGCUGAAGAGCUCGGCGUGAGCGUGGACCAAAUAUUUAAUAAAGACUCCCAGACCGACCAAGUCGCCAACCCAUCCCCAACCGCCGCAUCGUCGGGUAGUGAUCUUAAUGGCAUGGCUGUCAAGAAUGCUUGCGACCAGCUUAAUGAACGCCUAGCGCCCUACAGGGAACAAUUCGGACGGGAUGCUCCAAUGUCAAAAAUCGCCCAUGCCGCAUACCGAGAUCGAGUUAACCUUGCGGCCAAUGGAUUUUGGAAGAUGCCUAAGAUAGGAUAUAAAUGGGGAAAUUAUGAAGACCCCCUUCCGAUGUACUACUAUUUCACUCAAGGUGUAGCUAUCACGGAGGCCGAAUUAGAUCUUCUUACAGGUGAUCAUACCGUUCUAAGGACGGACAUAAUGAUGGAUGUCGGUCGUUCUAUCAACCCUUCAAUCGACUAUGGGCAAAUUGAAGGGGCCUUCGUUCAAGGACAGGGUCUAUUUACCAUGGAAGAAUCGUUGUGGACGCGAGAAGGUGAAAUAUUCACGAAGGGACCUGGGACUUAUAAGAUACCAGGUUUCUCGGAUAUCCCUCAAAUCUUCAACGUGUCCAUGUUGAGGCACGACUCAGAAGGAAAUGCUAUAAGCUGGAAGCAUCUCCGCUCUAUCCAGAGUAGCAAGGGCAUCGGGGAACCGCCGCUCUUCUUAGGUUCGACGGUAUUCUUCGCCCUUAGGGAAGCGGUCAAAGCUGCGAGAGAGAUGAACGGCGUGACGGAACCAUUGGUUCUUGACGCCCCAGCAACAGCGGAAAAGCUGCGCCUAGCUGUUGGCGAUGAAUUUGUCAAGCGCGCUGCUGUUGUCCCGAAAGAAGGGGAGACGAACUUUUUCGUUCGUAUCGAGGAUUAG